CGAGAAUCUCUGCAUCUUCGGUGGUCAUUCUAGCUUUGUGUUUCGCCACUCGCUUGCUACAUGUUCUAAAGAUUGUUUGAUACGUUACCUCGAGAAAGUCGUGCCCCCGUUCCCUUAGACGUCAGUGAACGAACUUGCGGCCAUACAGAUAUGGCCAAAAGACACAACAGAUCGCAGAACGCCUCAAAGCAAGUCAAGUCUCCGAGCGACAAAUCUUCUGAAGAAGCGAAACCAUCGACACCAUCGAAACCAUCUGAACAAUCUAAAGACAUUCAAAAGCCGAGAUCACUUCUAGCCACCAUUGCAGAUAUCCGGACGCAGAGAGCUCUCCAGCUAGUCCUGCUGGCUUCAUUACAUGCAGCCGUCUCACAGCUAAACCUUUCGCCUGUAUACGGUGCUGUACCAGCCAGCCUAUAUCACCGAUAUGGAUUGACCGCCUCGUUCAUGCUUGCAUUUCUCCUUCGAGGCUAUCUUCCUCCCUGGACUGGGCGGGCAAUCACGCCUUUCUGCUUCUGGAUUCCGGUCAUACAAUUCAGCCUCUUCACGUUCAGUUCAUACAUGGGCAGCCCCUUGGGACCUGUCAUCACAGAAUGCUUGACAUGCUUCCCUCUGGUAUUGCUGUCGGUACACAUAGCGAUGCAAUAUCUUGACGAGGUCAACGCCGAACGGACCACUUCAACGAGCGGUGAUGCCUUCCCCUCGAUGGGAUUAUUUGUGCUCUUUACAGUGCUUCAGAGAGCUUGCAAGGGGUUCGUCGCUUCUUUCACGGGCCCAGGAUUCCUCAGAUCUCGAAUCGGCAUGCAGCUAAUGAUAGCCUCCUUAUAUGGGAUGGUUUUGCCCAAAAGUAUCAUAUGGCCUUCGCUUCCUGCAGUCGCUUUUACCAUGGUUGCAAACCCUCAUUGUUCGUUAUCGAGGACUACAGAGGUACUGAACAACACUUUAGCCCUGUACAAUUACACAUUGCUGGAGCGGAAGGAAUCCGUGACAGGAUAUAUUUCCGUGCUGGAGGACAAUCAGCGGGGAUUUCGUGUGAUGCGGUGCGACCACAGCCUUCUCGGAGGUGAAUGGAAGAUGUCGGCUCAGACCAAUUCGAAGAGCAGGGUUGGCGAGCCGAUCUAUGCUAUCUUCACCAUGCUUGAAGCUGUCAGACUUGUCGAACGGAGCUCCCCCAGCCGACCAAGGGCUUUGAGUAUUGGUCUGGGCAUCGGCACUGCCCCAUCUGCCAUGAUAGCUCACGGGAUCAACACGACCGUGAUCGAGGUCGACCCUGUGGUGCACGAGUUUGCACUCAAGUACUUCGGACUUCCACACAACCAUACCUGUGACAUCGAUGAUGCUGUGGCAGCAGUUGCAAACAGAAGCUCUUUUGAGGCCAAUUCCUACGAUUACAUAAUUCACGACGUCUUCACAGGAGGUGCUGAACCGGUCGAGUUGUUUACUGAAGAGUUUCUGCUUGGCCUCCGUACUUUGCUGAAACCGGACGGGGUGGUGGCAAUCAACUAUGCUGGAGACAUCUCGAUGCCUGCAUCUUCCGUUAUCUACCGAACCAUCACAUCAGUCUUUCCGUCGUGCCGAGUCUUUAGAGAAGACGAGGCUCCUGCUGCUGGAAACAAGCCUGAUGACUUUACAAACAUGGUUUUCUUUUGCCGAAAAAGUGAUGUACCAAUCACAUUCCGAAGACCGGUUGAAGCCGAUUUCUUGGGAAGCAAUGCUAGGAGGGAGUACAUGCUUCCUACACACGAGAUAUUGCCAAGUUCUUUCGAUGUCGGCGUCGACGUCCUGCGGAGCGGUAAGACAAAGGAACUCGAAAGGUGGCAGGCGCAAAGCGCCAUUGGUCACUGGAGAGUCAUGAGAACAGUACUUCCGGCUGCUGUGUGGAACAAUUGGUGAUACCAAAGGGCACUAACGUGGUAGACUCUUAUGGUACGAUCUUUCCCUGCCUCAGCAGAAGUCACUACUCAAUGAUUAUGUCGCGGUGCGGGCCAUCGCUGUGCCACCCUCUGGAAUUUCACUGCUCUUUGAAGUACCAUUCCUUCGUUCAAUUGUCCAGUUUCCCUUCUGAAGAUGUCUUCCC